AGACGACACCCUCUCGAACCCAAAGACUCACGAACGACGUAGCCUUACUUUCCAGCACUUUGGAAUUGCAGCGACGCCCGCGCCCCGCAUAAUUUCGCAGUGACUCGUCAAGGAACGACCGAACGAACUGACUUUGAUUCGGUCACCGUGAAGCUCUGUUCGUGCGCGCCCCGCGCUUACCAUCAACAUGGCGGUCGAAGACUUCGACAUGGACGAGUACGGGGCGGAGAAGAACUUUGGCCGCGGGUCGCAUGCAAGUUCGGCGGGGUAUUAUGGAGAGACGUCGAUUCACAGAGACACGCUCGGAAGGAGGGUGCUGGAAAGCUUCAAAAGAGAUCCGCAUCAGAAUAUGACGCCGAAGGGGUCACUGGGCGCGGAUGGGAAGGUGUUCGAUGUUGAGACCGCGGCACAGAACACGGCGUCAUCGCCGCUGGCACGGCGGUUGAAGGGCCGACAUUUGCAGAUGAUAGCGAUAGGGGGUUCAAUAGGAACUGGUCUCUUCGUUGCAUCCGGUCAAGCGCUGGCAAACGGUGGACCCGGAAGUCUCGUGAUAUCCUACUGUCUGGUGGGCAUCAUGAUGUACUGCACAGUGCACGCUCUGGGCGAGAUGGCCGUCCUUUUCCCCGUCGCAGGAUCCUUCUCCGCAUACUCAACACGGUUUAUAGAUCCGGCGUGGGGCUUUGCUAUGGGUUGGAACUAUGCGUUGCAAUGGCUGGUCGUGUUACCUUUGGAAAUUGUUGCCGCGACCUUCACCAUCGAGUACUGGACACAUGAUAAGGGUCUAUCCAACAAUGGCUUUGUAGCCAUGUUUUUGAUCCUCAUCAUCAUCAUCAAUCUUUUCGGCGUCAGGGGCUAUGGCGAAGCCGAGUUCAUACUGGCCAUCAUCAAAAUCACCGCCAUCAUCGGCUUCAUCAUCCUGGGCGUCAUCAUCAACGUAGGAGGUGGACCCAAUGGAGGGUACAUCGGCGGCAAGUACUGGACUGAUCCGGGAGCCUUCAAUCACGGCUUCAAAGGCCUCUGCAGCACCUUCGUCAACGCCGCCUUUGCUUUCUCCGGUACCGAACUCAUUGGGCUCGCAGCCGCCGAAACUGCCAACCCUCGCAAAUCGCUCCCUACCGCCGUGAAGCAAGUCUUCUGGCGCAUCACCCUCUUCUACAUUGUCUCCCUCACCCUAAUUGGAGUCCUUGUCCCAUACACGGACCCCAUGCUUCUCGCCUCAGGAACCGAGGGUGCCUAUACCGUCGCCUCGCCCUUCGUCAUCGCCAUCAAAAAUGCCGGCAUCGAGGGUCUCCCCUCCGUUUUCAACGCAGUGAUCAUGCUCGCCGUCCUCAGCGUCGGCAACUCGGCCGUGUACGGCUCCAGCCGCACCCUCGCCGCCCUGGCCGAACAAAACCAGGCCCCUCGCUUCCUAGCAUACAUCGACCGACAAGGCCGACCCCUCGCUGCCAUCGCCGUCGCCUCGACACUCGGGCUCCUUGCGUUCCUCGCCGGCGGUCCCAGGGAUAGACAAGAAGAGGCUUUCACGUGGAUGCUAGCACUGUCUUCCCUCAGUGCGGUAUUCACCUGGGCCAGCAUCUGCUUCGCCCACAUCCGCUUCCGCAAAGGCUGGAAACUGCAAGGCCACUCCCUCUCCGAACUCGCCUUCCGCUCUCAACCGGGCCUCCUGGGCUCCUACGUCGGCUUCACCUUCAAUAUCGUCGUCCUCGUGGCGCAGUUCUGGGUUGCCUGCGCGCCCAUCGGGUACCGCGAGAUGACGACCGCGGAGAUUGUCAGAUAUUUCUUCAGCAUCUACCUUGCGUUGCCCGUCACGGGGACGUUUUACAUCGUGUACAAGAUUUGGUUCCGCACCAAGUGGGUGCGGAGUUACAAUAUGGAUCUGCAUACGGGGAUCCGGGAGUUGAAUGUGCAGCAGUUGAUUGAGGAGGAGAGGGAGGAGAGGAGGGCGUGGCCGGCUUGGAAGAAGGUGUAUAAGUUUUUCUGCUGAACAUUUUUCUUUUCUUUUCUAUACUUAUCGCGGUAAACUUGGCGUCUUCAUUGGGAAGGGGAUAUCUUAUGUCCUAUUGUGUAUUGUGCGGUUGGGGAAGCGAGUUGCGUUUUGCAGAUAUUUAUGUCUCUGCUUUAUACCUUUGUUUUCUGGCGAGCGGGUAUAUUGGGUUUG